CCAGGAUGGGGGCCAUGUCUUUCUGGGCCUUGGGCCUCCUGAUGCUCCAGGUGCUGCUUUUUGUGGCUGGGGAACAGAGCACACAGGACAGCACCGCUGCUGCCGCUGCCGCCAGUGAGAAAGGGCUCCACAUGCAGAAGGUGGGAUCUGGGUCGGUGCGGGCCACGCUGGCAGAGCUGGUGGCCCUGCCCUGUCUCUUCACCCUGUGGCCAUGGCCGAAUGCAGCCCGAGAAGCCCCUCGGAUCAAGUGGACCAAGGUGCGGACUGCAUCAGGCCAGCGGCAGGACUUGCCCAUCCUGGUGGCCAAGGACAACGUGAUUCGAGUGGCCAAGGGCUGGCAGGGACGUGUGUCACUGCCCGCCUACCCCCAGCACCGGGCCAACGCCACGCUGCUACUGGGGCCGCUGAGAGCCAGCGACUCUGGGCUCUACCGCUGCCAGGUGGUGAGGGGCAUCGAGGAUGAGCAGGACCUGGUGCCCUUGGAGGUGACGGGUGUCGUGUUCCACUACCGGGCAGCCCAGGAUCGCUAUGCGCUGACCUUCGCAGAGGCCCAGGAGGCCUGCCGUCUCAGCUCGGCCACCAUUGCAGCCCCGCGGCACCUGCAGGCUGCCUUUGAGGAUGGCUUUGACAACUGUGACGCUGGGUGGCUCUCUGACCGCACUGUUCGGUAUCCUAUCACUCAAUCCCGUCCUGGUUGCUACGGUGACCGUAGCAGCCUUCCAGGGGUGAGGAGCUAUGGGAGGCGUGACCCACGGGAACUCUAUGAUGUGUAUUGCUUUGCCCGUGAGCUGGGGGGCGAGGUCUUCUAUGUGGGCCCGGCCCGCCGCCUGACGCUGGCCGGCGCGCGUGCCCAGUGCCGCCGCCAGGGCGCCGCGCUGGCCUCGGUGGGACAGCUGCACCUGGCCUGGCACGAGGGCCUGGAUCAGUGCGACCCGGGCUGGCUGGCCGACGGCAGCGUGCGCUACCCCAUCCAGACGCCGCGCCGGCGCUGCGGGGGCCCCGCCCCGGGCGUGCGCACUGUCUACCGCUUCGCCAACCGCACCGGCUUCCCGGCGCCCGGAGCGCGCUUCGAUGCCUACUGCUUCCGAGCUCAUCACUCUACACCACAACAUGGAGACCCAGAGACCCCCUCCUCUGGGGAUGAGGGGGAGAUUUUGUCUGCCGAAGGGCCCCCAGCCCAAGAACUGGAGCUCAGCCUGGGGGAGGAGGAGGUGGUCACCCCUGACUUCCAGGAGCCUCUGGUGUCCAGUGGGGAGGAAGAGACUCCGCUCUUGGCAGAGAAGCAGCAGUCUCAAGAGACGCCCAGCCCUGCCCCUGGGGGCCCCAUGCCAGCCUCAAAGCCUGCCCAGGAGGCUGAGGAGAUAUGGCUGAGCACCGAAGCCCCCAGCCGCAGCAGCGUGGAGGCAGGCACUGAGGGAGACACACACAGGGAGGCAACCCCAGCCGGCCCUACGCCUAGGAAGAGGGGCCCCUUUAAAGGGUUGAAUGGGCGCCACUUCCAGCAGCAGGAACCCCAGCAAGAGCUGGACGGGGGGCUCAAGGCCAGUGCCCAGCCCCCUAGCUCAGAGGCUGCUGGGAAUCAUGUGGAGCCUCCCCUGGCCACGGAAGCCACAGAUGACUUGAGGAGUGGCUGGAGCCAAAGCCCCUGGGCGGUGCUGACUAAUGAGGUGGAUGUACCUGGAGCUGGUUCCCUUGGUGGCAGGAGCUCCCCAGAGCUCUGGCUGUGGCCCCCAACCGUGGUCCCACCCAGCAUCCCAGGCCCCAGCAGGGCCCUUGGCCUGGAGCUAGAGGAAGCCAGGGGCCCCACUGUGAGGCCAGCCACCCCCAACCUGCCCUGGUCCCCCAUGGAGAUCACUGCCCUGGCUCCCAGCCCCUCAGAGGGCCCCAGCACUGCCUCCUGGGAAGCGUCCUCCAUGGUCACUUCCCCAGACCUCCCUGUCAUGGCCAUGCUUCGUGCCCCCAAACUGGGGCUACUAUCACAGCCUACACCCCUCCCCACCCAGGCCAAUGGGAUCAAGGAGCAUAGUGAGGCCAUAGCCGCUGCCCCACCCUCCCCUACCUCAGACACCGAGGCCAGCCCCCAGGACCCCAUCCAUCCAGAGGUGUAUUCCUUGCCCCUCUCCUCGGGCCUGAAAGAACAGGGUGGAGAGGCCAUGUCCCCCACACUCAGUGGCCACGGAGCAGGAACUCCCACAGCCCCUUUGCAGGCAGCCACAGGCACACAAGGUGGAGCCAGUCCCAACUCCCCCAGUGCAGACUUUGCAGAAACUGGAGGGACUAGCCCUACUAGGCUCAGCAAAGCUGAGCACCCCAGACCCAGCCCACAGGCUUCUGUGGGUGGGAAUGUGGUGGCAGAUUUCAUCCCCAUUGAAACUGCCACUGGGCCCACGGGAAUGAGUGGCAUCUUGGGGUCUGAGUCUGGGGUCUUCAGCACAGCAGAGAGCCCCACUUUCAGCUCCCAGGCCAUGGUGGAUGAGGUGCAGGGCACGGGGCCCUCACUGCACAUUGAAGGGCUGGACCUCCGCCCCCCAUUUUCAUCCUCAGGGGGCCCCAGAGUCUCCUUGAUGCCCAGGGUCACCACAAGUUUGGAGCCUUGGGGUACUAUAGAUGGAGAAACCACAGUGGAUCCCAUGGAUUCCAUAGCCACUCUGGACCCCAGCAAUGCUGGUGGGACUUGGGAACCUGGAUCCUAUGUGGUUGAGGGAGCUGAAAGCCCCACCUUGAGCCCUCAAGUGGCUGUGGAUACAAGUGUGGUGACCUCCCUGGACCGGGGAGACAAGUUUAGGGCCCUGGCCACGUCCACAAUGGCCUCCUCAAGCUCCCAGUCCCACCCAGAGCUUGAGGGCCAGAUGGUGACCCAGGGAACACUGGGAGCCUUGGCCCCUCCGCAUGACGGCAGCCCCCCAGGGGAGCCCACUCCUCCUCCUUGGACAGCGACGGCAGCCAGCAUGGACGAGCCUGUCUCAGUUUCCUCAGGGGAGCCUACAGUGCCAUGGGACUCCCACAGCACCCUGCUGCCUGUCUCCCUGGGCCCAGAGGAGUUUGAGCUGGAGGUCCUGGCAGGGAGCCCAGGUGUGGAGGGCUUCUGGGAGGAGGCAGCAAGUGGAGAGGAGCUGGCCCUGCCAGGGACCCCUGCAAAUGGGAAUGCAGUGGAGGCCCCCUCGGAUCCCUGUGAGAACAACCCUUGCCUGCAUGGGGGCACCUGUAAAGCCAAUGACACCAUGUACGGGUGUAGCUGUGACCAGGGCUUCACCGGGGAGAACUGCGAGAUUGAUAUCGACGACUGUGUCUCCAGCCCCUGUGAGAACGGAGGCACCUGCAUCGACGAGGUCAACACCUUUGUCUGCCUUUGCCUCCCCAGCUACGGGGGCAGCCUCUGUGAGAAAGACACAGAGGGCUGUGACCCAGGCUGGCAGAAGUUCCAGGGCCACUGCUACCGCUACUUUGCCCAUCGGCGGGCGUGGGAGGACGCCGAGAGGGACUGCCGCCGCCGAGCCGGCCACCUGACCAGCAUCCACUCACCUGAGGAACACGGCUUCAUUAACAGCUUCGGGCGUGAAAACACGUGGAUCGGCCUGAACGACAGGAUCGUGGAGAGGGAUUUCCAAUGGACGGACAACACGGGGCUGCAAUAUGAGAACUGGCGAGAGAAGCAGCCUGACAAUUUCUUCGCGGGUGGGGAGGACUGUGUGGUGAUGGUGGCACAUGAGAGCGGGCGCUGGAACGACGUUCCCUGCAACUAUAACCUCCCCUAUGUGUGUAAGAAGGGCACAGUGCUGUGUGGUCCCCCUCCAGCAGUGGAGAACGCCUCGCCCAUUGGUGCCCGCAAGGCCAAAUAUAAUGUCCAUGCCACUGUACGCUACCAGUGCAAUGAAGGGUUUGCCCAGCACCAUGUGGCCAUCAUCCGGUGCCGGAGCAAUGGCAAGUGGGACCGGCCCCAAAUUGUCUGCACCAAACCCAGACGGUCCCAUCGAAUGCGGCGACACCAUCACCACCACCAACACCACCACCAGCAUCGCCACCACAAAUCACGCAAGGAGCGCAGAAAACACAAGAAAUACCCAGUGGAGGACUGGGAGAAGGAAGAAGGAAAUUUCUGCUGAAGAACCAGGCGCAAGAAAGCACAACCCCCUUCCCACACCUCCUCUGGAGCUUUCACCUGGGGAGACAGAGCCCAGAGAGAAACAAGAGGGUCUGGAAGCCCCUGAGCCCCAAACCACAUCCCCCUACACAUAAUCCUUUGUAAAAAGCUCCUCUCUCCUCUUUCUUACAUAUACAGGUCCUCUUGGCAGGCGUAGCCACGUGUCUGAAAAUCCAGUUCCAGUCAGGCUGAACUGUGGGAGCAUCUCCCACUGGAGGGAAGCACAAUAGGCAAAGAUCAUUCUUUGCACUGGUUUAGUCUUUUGUUGACAAGGCGGAUCGCCACACUUGUUCAAAUAAGGGUUUGAUGAGAGUGCAAGAGUGUAUGUUUGGAUUCACACUAAUGAAUUGCUUUUCACACCAGAGAUUCAGGCUUAGUAAAUUGUCAGAUGUCCUAAGUGCAGCCUGAAGCCUUUGGUUAAGGUCAUAGGCUCUGGGAGUAGAAAUCUACAUGGAAGCACACUGCUGGAACGUGACACCUGCUCGUCCUUCACCUUGGGCUUCAGCCCAAGUUCGGUCUUUGGUCUUGGUGGAUAAACAGAGUGUGGAACUCUUAUGUGCUGAAUUUUAGGAAUGUUUUUAGAACAACCUCCCUCUGUGCCCUCAGAGUUAGGGGUCAGAAUUGUCAGAGCAAUAUGUGGGCAAUGGAGGGAAGGUGUAUUGCUUGCCCUCCUAGGUCUAGUCCAGUGCUGAGAUUUGGUGGUUCUGCGUGUGUGGUGAAUCUCACACACACACACAGAGGAGAGGAUGUUUAGGGCUCUACGAGCCCAGAUUUCUUCCCACUCCAUCUCUCAGGGAGACAAAGAACCUCAUUCCUGGACCAAGGAGGUGCCAAGUUUUCUAGCUCAGUGCCCGUACGUCCCCAUCCCUCAAGCAGACAUUGGUAGUGCCCCUGCCCUGGGCCCCGCCCCUGCCCCCCCAUCCCUGUCUCCAUCCAUUGCCUGGAGGACUAGAAACACUUAAAACUUGAAGUAGUGACAUCUACCUGAGGUCAUGUUGUAGAGAGAUGCACAGUGUUAAAACCGAAACACAUACACAUAUUUUUCUCUCAUGGUUUUUAAAUUUUUUAAGUGGGAAAGAACUCCCCUGGCCUUCCUCUCUUCAAUUGGCAACCUGUAAAAUGACUUUCCAAGCUGAAGGUCAGGAUCCAGCUCCCUGAUCUCUGGCAGGAAAGAUCCAGUUUUUCCUCUAUGUUUUGUCCACUCUCAACUCCUCUAGUCUGGGUAAAAUCUGUGGAUUAGUGUUAAAAACCACAGUGGAGAAUGGCCCUCUGCAGGAAACAAAAAUAGGCCAAUAUAUGGUCCAUCUAAGGGUUCAGUAGAAAAAGAAAUGUGUUGACUGUGCCUAUAUCCCUCCUGGGAAGUAAGAAUCAUGGUUGACAACUAUGGAGUAGGUACCAUGCUAGGGACUUACACACUAUCUCCUUGAAUCUUCUCAACAGCCCAGCAACUUAAGAACCAUUAUUUUCCCAUUUUACACAUGAUAAAACUGAGGCUCAGAUAAGGGAAUGGCAGUCGCUCGAAGUCACAGCCAUGACAGGAGUAAGGAUUUGGUCCUGUUUCUGUCUGACUCCAAACACUGCUCUCUACUUUGGGGGAGGGACUGAAACACAAUUGCACGCGCUCUCUCGCACACAGGCAGAUUUAGGAAAAGAUUGAGAAGUGCAAACUAGACUCUCAUCCUUGACCUUGGUUUUCAGUCUUCUCUGCUAUAGACAUCAUCCACUGUUCCACCUUGUGGUUAUUGUUGAGAAAGCCGGGGAUAUAGGUUUGCCUUCUUGCUUUGAAAAUUCUUGGUUUAAGAAGUUUAGUAAUACUAACACAUCUUCAGUCAUCCAUGUCACAAAGAAUUUUUUUUGUUUGGGGAGGGUGCUGGGGAUACAACUUUUUUGGGGGUUCUUGGUUCAUGCUCCCUGCCCUUGGCCCCCUCAGCCUCUUGCCCUGUCCCUGACCCAGCUCCAUGGUGGGAGGGGGCUCCGGUCUUUUCUAAAGUGGGUGGUUUGUCUUUUGGUCUUUCCCUUUGGGAUGUGCGUGUGUGUCUGCGUGUGCCACGUGCGUGGCAUGCGUGUGUGUGUGCACGUGAACAGGUUCAGGGCCUGCUGGUUUUGCGGUGAGCUGCAGUGUUCCGUGGGUCUGUGGUAUCUGACACUGUGGAUAUUAAUGUACUUCUUGGACAUUUUAAUAAAAUUUUUUAACAGUUCA